AUGUCUACAAUAUCAAACUUUCCUGUUUCUGCCUCUCCUCAUAACAGUUUGAACAGCUGUAAGGGGAUCAUUCGAGACAGAAGUCAAUACCUUGGUGACCUUACCGUGGAAGAAAUCGGUGAGGAACUUUCAAGCCAAGGUGUAACUAAUGUUAUUAGAUUUCAAAUUAAAAAGAAUGGAAAUAUAAUCAAAUUAAAUACUUAUCUUUUGACCUUUAGAACUCCAACUCCUCCUCCAUCUAUUACUUUAGGUUGCUUCGGAAUCAGAGUUGACAUGUUUAUCCCAAACCCAAUUCGAUGCUUUACUUGUCAAAAGUUUGGUCAUGGAAGCAAACAAUGUCGUGGUAAGCAGAGAUGCUUCAAGUGUUCAGACGAAGGACACGAGGGAACAAACUGUCACUCUGAAUCUUCUAAAUGUGUAAACUGUGGUGAAUCCCAUUUUUCAUCGUCUAGGGACUGCCCUGUUUACCUUAAAGAAAAAAAUAUUAUUAAAAUUAAAACAGAAAGAAACAUUAGUUACCCAGAAGCUAAACAGAUAGCUUCUGUUUCGAAUGAUCUCCUUGUUUCAAACAGACCAUCCGGUGAAUCUGUCUGGGAUCUUCCCAGUGACAUAGAUGAUUCUUCCACCUCCAAAAGUCUUCCUUCAUCUGCAUCCAAGAAGGUAUCUUCUUCGUCCAGUACACAGUCUACCAGAGCCCCAUCUCCUCUUCGUUCUCAAGAAAAGAAGGAUGUCCAAAAGAAGCCAGGAAAUACAUCCUCUCAGAAGUCUUCUGAUUCGAGGUCGCGGGGUAGGGGUCGAGUAACACCAGCUGCGCUUAGUCCUGGAGAUCGACGACUCUCCUCGCACAACAGAUUUUCAACACUUAUCAUCGAAACUGAAAUGGAAACUGAAAGUGUUCCGCCACCCGAAAGAUCACGAUCUCAGGGUGAGCGAAAUAAGAAUGCUGGCAAACUCGACAGCAUUCGCCCUUCUUUCAUUAAAUAA